AUAUGUCACAACUCACAAUAUCACAAAUCACAAGCAAAUAAUAUGUUACUGGCGAAUGACGAAUGCUGAUUUAUGUUACGAAUGUUACUACGCUCUUAUAAUUUUCUAUUAUGAAUUAUGAAAUACAAAACAUUUUUUGAUUGUGGUGAUAACUUUCAAUUUCAUUAAUGGAAGGUGUAUUAUGGAAAUGGACAAAUUAUUGGAACGGAUGGCAGACAAGAUGGUUUGUGUUGGAAAAUGGCAUAUUAUCUUACUAUAAAUCACAAGAUGAAGUCAUUCAAGGAUGCAAAGGUUCAGUGAAAGUUUCAGUAUGCCAAAUAAAUGUAAGCAAUUUAGAUAAUACAAGAAUGGAUUUAGUAAUUCCUGGGCAACAGCAUAUGUAUUUGAGAGCUCCAUCAUCUCAAGACAGACAAAAGUGGUUAGUUGCACUUGGCAGUGCAAAAGCAUGUCUGGAAUCAAUUGUUGACUCGAAAGUGAUAGGAGUUGAAGACUCAUUGAUUGACAAGAAGUCAGAGUUGUAUCUCUAUUGUGACCUAUUGAUGCAGCAAGUUCAUGCCGUCAAAAGUGCUGCUAGUCAAGAGAAUGGGCCAGAUGUUGAAAAAAUAGAAGAUGCAUCAACUAUGCUUAAAGCAACUUGUGAUACAUUCAUACGAACUGUAGAAGAUAUCGUGAAAUUAACAGGCAAUUGCAGCCAAGUUGGUGUUCCUUCAAGUUCAGACAUACCAUUGAAUACUGUAGCUGGGGUAUCCAUAGCGAAAAAUAACUUGAUUGUAAAACCUCAAAUAUCUAUCAAAAAUAAACCAAGCUUAAAUAGAUAUAUGUCUCAAGAAGAAAGUUAAAUUAAAAAAUGCAAGUCCAUUCUAGAAUAUGUUCAUAGUAAUUAUUAAUCAUUGUUAAUGUAAAUUUUGUUUGAACAAAAAUAAAUUAAAUUGUUGAGGCUCUUAUUUUAUA